UAGAUGCAGUUACUACACCUCUCUUUCCACUAUUGUAAACAUGGCACUCCAGGUCCUUGCUUUGGCCGCCCUUAUGGGAGCCGCCCUCUCCUUCCCAAUGGUCCCCGAAUACGGGGUUUCCUCUGCUCCAUCUCCAGUCUACGACAGUCCCCGACAUCCUGCUCCUGCUUACGACGCUCCUCGACAUCCUGCUCCUGCUUACGACGCUCCCCGACAUCCUGCUCCUGCUUACGACGCUCCUCGACGACCUGCUGCUACGUACGACAUGCCCGCACACGAGAACCAGGCUCCACCAAGUUAUAACUACCAUUAUGCGGUGAGAGACGAGUACUCGGGGAACGACUUCGGGCAGCAGGAGGAGCGCGAUGGUUACAUGACCAAGGGCUCCUAUUCCGUACGGCUCCCCGACGGCCGUGUGCAGAGAGUGACUUACUACGUGGACGGCGACUCUGGAUUCAUGGCUGAAGUGUCUUACGAAGGCGAGGCUCAGUACCCAGCUCAUCAGCCUGCCGCUUCGUAUCAGCCUGCACCGACUUAUCAAACUACUCCAGCCUAUCAGCCUACACCUGCCUAUCAGCCUGCACCAACUUACCAACCAGCUCCUACUCAUCAACCUGUACCGACCUACCAGCCUACACCUUCGACAUCCUUUGACCCAGUUGUUUCUUAUUGAUCUAACCUUUUCUGUGGUAGAUUACGUGGCGUUGAUGGCUUUGCGAUGGUUUGAUUGUGAUUAUUUAUUCUGAGAGUGUGUCAAUAAAGGAUUUAGCAAGAAAUUCUAGUAUUACCUUCUCG